AUGGAGGAGAGCGAGGCUCUUUUACAGGGCUCUCGCGAAGCCGAGGCGGAGUCGUCUCCACAGCUGCUGGAUGAUCGCGGAGAAAGGCGCAGUCAGUCUGUAGCGGAGGAGCUGUCGGCUUCCGCUCCAGGGCUUCUCGAUGCUUCCUCGUACUCUGGGUCUGUCCAGGCUUCGUCCCCGCACCCAUCUCUCUCCAGUGACGAACCCUACGGCAACGCAUGCAGUGUGGCCGUCCCCACAUCUCCUUUGCCCGCAUCAGCUGACUCAGCCCCCUCGGAAACUGAGGGAAAAGAAGCAGAGCCGCCGAAUGUGUCUCUGCCUGCCUCGGGACGGUCUCCUCUUUAUGAAGCUGCAGACACCGACGUUCUUCUGGGGUGCAAGAACGGCCUCAGCAGGUCUCCCCGCAACGCUGCUCGAGAUGCCUCCUCUCCCGUCACUUCCGUCCACUUCGGCGUGGAUCCUGCCUCCUCUGUCGGUGUCUCAUCUCCUGCUGCUGUUGCCGUCACUCAGGACUCUCCGAGUCUGCCCUCCCCUCCCUUGGAAACCUCUUCCCCUUUGUUGUCUUCGUCGCCGACUUUGUCGUCUCCUGAAACCCACAAGUCGCCCUCAGUUGUCUUCUCCGCCGAUUCCCAGCUGUCUCUCUCUCCCGUCCCCCCCUCCUUCUCUUCGCCUCUGUCUCCUCCUCGUUCUCCUCCUCUGUCUCCUCCUCGUUCUCCUCCUCUGUCUCCUUCUCGUUUUUCGGCGCCUGAGUCUUCUCAACGUUCUGCUUCGCCUCCCGGCGUGAGCUCGUCGCUUCUCUUGGCCGUUCUGCGUCCUCUGCUGCUUCGGCUCCUUCCGGCUUCGCUGCAGGGGGUGGCUGCGGAUGCGGUGUUGCUUCACCUCUCGCGAAAGCAGCUUCAGUUGUACGAUGUGACGCUGCAGCCUCAGCUUCUGGAUGCCUUCCACAUGCCCUUCUACCUCCUCUACGGCUACAUCGGCUCGGUCCGCGUCUAUGUGCCUGCACACGACGGGGCCGGGUCGUCAGCGGAAAGUCACUCAGCGGCACCUGCCUCUUCUGCGGCAGAGGGAGAAAGCCGUGGUUUGUCAACUCCGGAGCGGCCGUCUGAAGACGGCGGCGCGGGGACGAAGCAACUCGAGGAAGAGUCCGCAGGCGUUUCCGCUUCGGGCGGUGGGGUGUCUCCCUCGCCUUCCACUUCUACGGCAGCCGCGCUUCAGAAACAGCCCACGGGGCGCAGCACGCAGACACCUGGGGCGCAUGCAGUCACCUCGGAGGAGAGAGGGAAAGGAGCUGAAGGCGCGUCGGCCUCCGCUUCACUCGUCGUGGAGGUUUCGAAAUUGAUUCUCGUAUUUGCGCCCAAACCUGUGGAGGAGUGCAGCGAGGCGGAGUUCGUGGCGAGGCUUCAGCAGCGUCGUCGGCGUCUUCUCGACGCCGCAGACCUGCAGAUCAUGGAAGAGGAUGUGCGGCUGCAACAAGGAAAGGAGACCCAGGAAGUGGACUCGAAGACUCCUGCCUCAGGCGGACUCACACGCCCCUUCUUUGCAGCUGCCGCUCUCCUUUCAAGAUGGGUGAAUCGCCUUCUGCAGGACCUCCUCAUCGAUGUCCAAGAUGUGCACAUUCGUCUCGAAGCUGUCUCCGUCCUCCCCCGCUCAGCUGCCGAGCACCUGUUCAACCCUGUGCGACCUCCUCUUCCGCUCGACCGUGUGCGCUCUCCCGCCCACCACAGAAACCUUAGAGACCUUGGCUCUCGCAACCUGUCGCGCUACGUGCAUUCAGGCGACCAGCUGCAGACACAGGACUCUCUGCAGGCACAAGACGCUCUGCAUCCGCCUCGGCAUCGGGGAGCAGGGCGGGAGCGGCAUGCAAGGCCCUUCAGAGGUGGCGGCGACGCCCAAGACGGGAAGACGACGCAGGCGGAAUCGCAGAGAUUGGAGAGCAGGGCGCGAGGUCGAAGCAGUGAAGGAGAGCUGCCAAAGACGCAGCGCUGUUCGACGGCCGCGCACCUGACGCGCGUUCUGCCCUUCGCUGUAGGCGUGACGCUCCGGCGUUUGCAGAUUCGACAGGUAGGCGCCCAUGUCUUUGCUGCGGCCGAGAAGGCCGAUGCUGCGGGCGCUGCAAGUUUCUGGGAAGAGCAGGGCCAAGCGGGAGGUGGAGAAGCUGCAAGGGGAGAAGCCGCGCGAGAGCAGACGUCGAGUGAACUGGAGCCUCGAGAGGGAGAGUGGGAAGGAACGAACAGUGGAGGACAGAGCAACAGGGUCCGCUCCCGAAGAGACGGAGACUCUUCGGCACAGGACAAGGGAGAAGAAAGCGAUGCGUCUCUGAAUUCGGACGCCUUCCGAUUCAGAGUCUUCGAUGUGGAAGCUCUCGCAGUGUACACGCACUCCGAGACGCUCUUUCUUUCCCCGACAACGCGGACCAACAAAGAACUGCACGCGAUGCUAGUCCAACGCAUGCAGACGCACUUGUCUGUCGCGUCCAGCGGAGGAGGCCCUUCUGGGCGGCUGGAAGUGGGUGCGGCACGGACUGCCUCGUCUGCAGCGAACUCUGGGGACGGUUUCUUGGCGCCUUCUUCGUCUCAAGGUCUCCCCAAAACUGUUCUCCCGAACGCACUGGAUCCGGCCUCGCAUCCGGGUACGCCUGGGUUAGAAUCGGGGCGCGAUGUGAGGUCUGAAGGUUCCCAGAAGGAACAGAAGCGUGUCACGAACGUGCAUGCGGCGACAGCGCUUUUAGAGCCGCUGCUUGGGUACUUGUUGGAGCCCGUCAGUGCCAGACUCUUUCUCCGCCAGGUGAAUGGAGGAGAGAACGCGGCAAGGACCGGUGGAGGACGGCAACUCGGGGAGAAGGGAGGCGCUGUACGCGCGGAGAGUGAGAAAGGCUGCGACAAAGCUCUCGAGGAAAGAGGCGAGAUUCACAGCAAAGAUGAGGAGGCCGCGGGAGAAAAGGAAAACGUCGGGCGAGAAGAAGGCAAGGAGACGACCGAAGAGCGGCUAGCUUUGUGCGGAAACGGGGAGAUGGACAGUGAAGCAGUUGCCUACGCCGCCUUGCUGCACUUGGACUCCGUCCAGAUCGCCGUGCCUGUUCAGUACAUGUACCAAGUCGUGUGGCUGUGGAGACUACUGGAAAAACACAAAGAAAAGGUUCUUCUCCUUGAGCGACGCAUCGAACUUUUUUACCCCUACCGUCCCCAGUGUCAAGUUCGCGGGAGUGCGCGUCUUUGGUGGAGCUACGCAAUUGGCUGCGUGCUUCGCGAGCGCCGGUGUGCAUGCGCGGGCAUCGAUCCGGCAGAGCUGUCCGCGGCCUCACAUUCGCCAGGCCUGUCGCCCAGCAGCCGAGGCCCCCCUUUCCCCGCUGACUUCCCCGCAGGCGUGCUCGCUUUCGGGGAGACGAUAAAACAGGCUCGUCUCCACCAGAAAGGCCGCGAGUACCAAAACCACCUUCUCGCUGUUCUCCGGAACAGGGCGAGUGCGGAGGACCUGCGCUGUGUCGAAUCGCUGCAGCGAGAGCUCCCCAUGCAGAUUCUCCUAAGCAGUCACAUUCAGGCCCGACGCGCCUUCCUUGCAGAGCGCAAGCAGCAGCCGCGGGGCUUUGGGGCUACGCUGUGGGGCGCCAUCUGGGGCCGCAGCAACAAUGGCGAGGCUCCUGAGGGACAGGAAGCGGCUUCGGAGACUAGCGGUCCUCCACGGGUCUCGCUGACCCAGCGGGACCGGCUGCUCGGGAGCCGAAACGCGAUCAAGAACACCCAAGACGACCAUGAACAGCUCAGCGAUGAGGAAUUCCUCGACGCGUGGUCAGAGCCACUUUCGUCUUUCGACGCCGAGCAACGCAUGCAUGAUCACAGCCUCUGCAUCGACGGUCCUGGUGACCCAGCGAGGAAGGGAAGAACAGAAUGCCAGUCUUCGUCGGUUUCCCUUCAAGAGCCUGCGUCUCGUGAACUCGAUUUCGAGCGACGAGCCGCUGUCGAGGGUUCGUCAAAUGUCCUAAAGAUAGAAUCGUCUACAGACCUGCACGUGGAGCAGAUAGACCGUGAAGCUCUUGACCGAUCUGCACUGCCACAGGCCGCAGAUGAGAGGGGCGGACAUCAAGAUGGCGGCCAUCGACGUGACGUCAGAGAGACGCUGGAGGGGCCUGAGUUUCUUCGUCGAUCGUCGUCUUCUCACUUGGCGGAUUUCUUCGAUUGCCAAGAGGAACUCGAUGAAAAGCAGAGACACGAGCAAGAGUUGCAGUUGGCUGCGAGGGCUGCGGCAGACGCUGCGAAGGCGGCAGACGAAGAGGCGCAGAUUCUUUGGACUCAGAAGAACCAGCAGUUAGACCGGCCUUUCCUCGCGCUUUCUGUUCUGCUGAGAGCAGCAGGUGUGGAACUAGUAGGCGCGAGAACCGAGCGAUGCCGCGGCCGCAAAGGUGUCUCUCCUGUGGCUCUUUCGGAAGAUUGUUCCCGCGGCGAGACGGCGAGUUUCUCCAAGUGCAGCGAAGACAGGAAAGAGACCCCCGGGAGCCCGACGGAGGCCGAGACGAAGCAGGGAGAGGCCGAAACGUUUGGCGACGGUCGUGGCGGCGACAGAUGCUUUCAGGCAACCCAGGAGCGGAAGCUGGGAGAGCGGUCCGUCCGGAGACACGAGAAUCAAGAGUGGGACGAAAAGGUGCACUUCCGCAUGGGUGGCACGCUGCGGGAGAUGCGGAUUCAUCUGGUGUACGGCGACCUUCAAACCCGCGUCAGAGUUGGCCUGCGGGAUAUAGCCGUCGUGCAUCAGCGGGGAUGUGUCAAACAACGCCUGGUGUACAGACAGCUCACGUUGGAGCGGCCACUCCUUCUGGUCUCUCUGUCACGCAUCUUGGUUCCAGGGGUUGCUGGUGAGGCGUCUGUUGAGUCGCCGAGCGCCGCGCUGAGAAGCGGUGGGACUCCAACAGCUUUCUCCGACAGUGUACGAAGGUCGCAGUUCCACACCGCUGCUCUGGCGAGCUUCCUGUGUCGAGAUGCGGCUUCAUCGCCUCUGUCCCCCCACACACAGGGAGUGCCGACACCUGCCGAAAACGAUCCAGGAGCUCUGCGCCCUGUCGCCUGUCCAGUCUCCCCCACUGUGCCGGGGGGUGGAGCGCACAGUCCAUUGGCGCGGACAUUAGUGAACGAGACAGGGGAAGGAGCGGGAAGUUCAGAGGUUCGUUUAGUUCUCCGUCACUUCGUCUGUGUGUAUGCGCAAGAAGCCGCCCAAGACGUCGCUGUCCUCGCAAGCGAGGUCCAGAACAGCCUUCGGUGGCAGGUCCCGUCCUACAACAGUCCUCGGACAGGCGACUCUUUUCCUGGCCUUGGUCACAGACAGCGCGGCGCGAUUGUAGAGGAGGGUGGGAAAGAAGUGAGUGUGGAGAUGCAGAGCAUGCCCGACAGAGAAGACAAGACACUGGCAGACGCCAAGAGUACGGAAGGGUGUGCGGAACCUCCGGGGAGUCCAGACGCAACGCGGGAGAAGGCGAUGGCGCCCGGGGGGUUCCACCCUUCGGCUCUGGCUUCAGGCGCCAACGCUUCACUUUGCGACCUCUCUCGAGCAGAGGCCUCUCAUAGGCCGGCGAUGAACAGGAUGACGCCGCGUCAUCUCUUGCUUCGCAGCCGCGAACGCCUGAAGGCGCUAAGUCUCUCCACCAAGUACUUCAUCCAGCUCUGUGCCCCCACAGUUGUUCUCCCAACGAGGACGGAGCGAUUCGGAGAGGCACCUGUCGUCGCGCUGCAUCUUGGAGAAAUCCACGUGUACAGUGUCGAUUCCCCGGACGGCCCCCAGAAAGGCGCGUUGUGUCAACCUUCGUCUCUGGCAGAGCCGUUUUUCGUGAGUCCCGCCGGCGCAGUUUGCUCCCCAGCGGCCAAGGCGUUCCUCCGCUCACCUGCGACGGGUGCAACUGCCUUUCAUCUCGUCGACUUGCCAGGCGCAUGCGGGGCAGCCUCGAUGGCGGAGCAGGCUGUUUGGCCUCCUUUCUCGUCUUCGGGUGUGCCCCGUUUCCAGACUGGAUCCGGAGAGGCGAUUCAUCGCCCGUCUUCAGAAAAUGUGAGGAAGGCGAACGCGGUGGACACGCGGCGAGAUGAGGCAGCGCAGGGGCUUCGCAUGCUGGUGGGGUCGAGAGUGAGACACUUUGUCGUCCUUGAUGAGUUCCAGGUCCACCGGUACUCCUCGUUAGUUGCCUUCACGGCCUCCCUCGAUGCCCUCAAAACAAAGGUCGCCGCAGGAAGAGAACACCGCGACGGCGGUGAUACUCUGAGCGGAGACGAGGAGGAAAAACGAGGAACGACCGGGGCAGCAGACGAGAAGGGAGACGAGAAGCCGGUUGUCGAUGGUGGGAGCGCAGGCGAAGAGAGAACUCGGGAUGAAAAGCGGUUGGAGACGCAGGAUGCAAGUUCCGUGAGGAGACGUCUGAGUGCAUGUGACUCUCUGCUCCGCAGAAGAACCGAGGGCUUGUGUCUUCUCGAUCGCGUUGGAAUGUGCUUUGCGGUAGAUAUCACAUCUUACCAAGUCGUGGAUCUGCGCGCGCUCAUUCUGCCCGCGGCUCUCCUUCCCUCGCCUAAAGCAGCGAACCCGGUAGCAGCCGCCUCGAGUCCUGACACCUCUGCUGUCGCAGCCGUCUCUGGCGACGCUGGCGACAAAGUGUCUCCUGACUCAGGGCCUGGCGGAACCGCCGCAGUCUCGCCGGUUGAACGAAGACCGGAGUCAGGCGACAUUAGGCAACACUGGCGAUCUGCGUCCUCUCCUCUGGAAAGCGACGCAGAGCCAGAAGAAACGUCCGGGCACCAGUCGAUCAUGCUGGUCAAGGGCGUGCUUCCCACUGUGUCACUGCACCUCAGUAGUGUGGCACUCGAUAGUGUCUUCAGAGCGGUCGCGAUUCUGCAGACACCGGUGCUGCCAGCGCGGGCCGAGGAGGCGGCUGACGCUCCCACGGCAGUUCCUGAUUCUCCACCGAGUCCUCCCAGCCGCCUCUCUUCUGCUUCUUCCGUUUCAAAGCCUCAAGCCGCUGGACUUCGUCAGAGGUCACUAGAAACGCUUUCUGCGGUCUCUUCCCUACAGCCCGCCUCCGCGGCAUCAUGUGUCCACCCGGAGAGGUCGCGGGAAAGGCGAGAAGACAGAGACGGCAAAAAGGGGAAGGGGGAGUCGAGCUCUCCCUCACGAUCGCCGGGAGGUGUCUCCAGUAGUCUGUUCAUUCGAACUACAUCUCUCUUUCCCUCAUUGAUGGCGACGCUGACUCUCCAGCGCAUGUCUAUCCGGUUCCACUGUAUCGACAAACCGUCGCGGGGGUCUUCAGGUCUGUCCGUGUGCAGGCCGAGGCGAAGGGCCUCCGGUGUCUCUUCUGGUGCAUCUUGCGACGAACAAGAAGCCUUGCGGGACUUCGAACGCAAGGGCGUUGUCGAGUUGCGGACAGCCGACGUGUCAGUGUACGUCGAACGCGGGGAUCUGGGACAAAACGUCGUGCUUCAGAUGGUUUCCCUGGACCUCAUCGAGCCCCAGCUUCCGGAGGGCCACCCAGAUCGGGAGAUCCUGCAGACGGUGAAGAAGAAGGGCGCAGCCGAGUGGGCAACGAAUGGAAGAACUUCGGCGCCUUGUUUGGGAACCGGACGCCUCACACCCGGCAGAGAAGCACGAGGAGACACUGAUGAGGUGCUGGCGCCGAGGACGAAGGACAAUGAGACAGACUCUGCAUGUGUGUCGAUCUUGUUUUCCUCGCGGGCGCCCUCACCGGUGUCUCAUGCGCCAGCCUGUGUCCAGAGGGACACGGCGCUCGAGUCUGGCUGCGAUCGCCUUCGCCCCUCCAGCGACGAGAACGUGGAAGGGGGGCCAAAGAGAAACCAAGAAGGCGGCGUUCAGAAAAUUGCCGAGACACCACGGACGCGUUUGCAGGUCUCUAUCCGGUCGUAUGUAUGUGUGACGUUCCGUCCUGAUGUGCUCUCCAGCUUGGUUUUGUUUCUCAAGCAGCCCGCUCCUCCCGCGCAUCGGAAUCUUCAGACUGGGGGAGCUGAGAGAUCUGCAUCUCCCGCUCGUGUCCAGGAGGCACCGUCUCGGAGUUCGCCUGGGACAUCAGCUGUUCGGAGUGAACAAGUGGGAGGUGUCCCAGAACCAGGCGACACUUGCGACGCCGACGGCGUUCGGGGUUCAGAGCCUGAGCGAGCAGGAGCCUCACGGUUAGGUGACACGACUGGCGAGGAGACCGGAGCUGUCCCGCCUUCUUCCUGGAGAACGACCGUGUCUCUGACAGCCCCGGAAGCUGCAGCCAUCGAGCGAGAGCUGAAUCCCCUCGACACAGAGAUUGGACUUAGUCUCGAGGGCGUCCAGCUGAUCUGGGUGGACCAGGUGUCCCAGCGGCACUUUGCCGUUUCCAGCUUUGAUGGAGCUGAAAUUGGUUUGUCUCUCCGACCCUUCUCGACCGACUGUCACGUCACCCUGCAGAACUUCACGCUGUCCUUCCUGUCCCCAGCCGAUGCAAGAAAGAGACGCAGUCAAGCGGCAAGACGUCGAACCCGCGCAAAGACAGACCGCUCUCCGGGUCCCCUGGAGCCUAGGGAGUCUCCGAGUCUGUCCACCGCGCGUCCUGACAAAUACGACGGAGAACGAACCGAGGCGAGACAUGGACAAGAAGACGCGGGAGCGGGAGACGCCGGCGGCUGCCGAGCCGGAACGACAAGGCACCGAAUGCCCAAGGCAACUCAACAGUUCGCGCCGCAACUUGCCACGAAGAUUGUCGGCCUUCUCCCAGGACAGCCGUAUGUUCUUCGAGUCAACAUGCGAAGCGUCCAUCCGUCGCUUCCGUCUUUCUCCGGGCACUCUCUGCUCCUCAAAGUCGACAUGGGGUCCAUCGAGCUAGUCUACCUCCACAAGAAGUUCUGGAAGGUCUUCGACUGGAUUCUUGACCCCUUCAUCAGCAUUCUCACUGCCAGUCCCUCGGACUCGGCCCCUGUGCCCCCCCCGCCGACCACUGUCUCUUCCCGUCGACCCGCUUCACCGCGCUCCCCUGUCUCCCAUGCAUGCGCGCCUUCUCUCACGUGUGUCGAUCGCCACAACGGCGUCCUCGAAUUCCCCAAUCGAGGCCUCGCGCGUCUCCGUACUCUCCUGGACUUCCUCUCUCAGCAUUCUCGGGCUCCCCCACCUCCGCCUCGGCCUCACCCGCCUGCGCCCUUCCACACAGAAGUCUCUACGGGAUUCCGCGAGUCGGGAUCUGGAAACGCCUUCGCGUGCUGCUGCAGCUGCGGCACACCCUUCCACUCGCCGCGAGCAGCCGCGUAUCUCAGGCAGCUUCGACUUCUCGGACCCCUCACCACUCCUCCGCUGCAUCUCCUUAGCUACGAUGUCACCAUUCGCUCUCCUGUAGUGUUUGUCCCCGGGGCUGUAGUCUCAGGCAUGUCUCCUGACGGCUCUGGCGAGGUUCCGCCCGGCUCGCGGAGAGCGUCGGCGCCGGCAGAAAAUGCCUGUGGAGAGGAGGGCCGAAGGGAGGCCGGCGCUCCUGCCAUGGCAAGCUCGGAGCUGCCAGACGACCGGGGGGCCAGAACAGCGUCUAGCGAGUUCUUUUGGAGGUCUCAGGGUUUCUGCGACGAGUUGUGUCCUGGAGUCGAGCUGCGAGUUGGCGAAUUCUCUGUGCGGAACCGCGUUGCAUGCGCAGGCGAGCGAGCGGGGCUCCUCGACGAGAUUCGCGUCCAACUUACCAAGAUGACGGGACGAGUGGCGUGGAGGCAGCUCCGGAGCACAUGGCCCGAGCAAGAAACGGCGAGUAGGAAGAGCACAGAGACCGGGGAGGAGAGAGCAGAGGACAGUCCUCCUGAACAAGAGAAAAACGAAGUCGUCCUACAGGAGAUGAAUGUCCUCGUCACGUGCUUCAGAGGACUGAACCAAGCUGCACGGAAAGUACCCCACCCAACGUGGCUUCGAGUGGAGAUUGACGACGUCCCUCUCGUUUUAUCGCCGUUUCGACUCCAACUUCUUUUCGCCCUCCUCAACUCCAAUAUUCUCCACAACGAUCCAGACGUCGUUCACGCUAGCUCUCCUCCUCCGUCUCUCCCGCCGCUGUGCCGGGGGACCGGCUCUGCCGUUUCAGCUCCCAGACGCUCGUCCAGAAGUUUCACUGAGUCCAGUUCUUCACGGCUUUUCGAUCUCUCGACUCGAAGCCGUGAACGAGCGACUUCGCGAGGCAGGCGUCACCUUGGAAAAGAAACCAGCCUCGAUGCAGAUGUGGCAGCGGUGGAACCCCGACAGACGACUGUCGACUGGUUUCGUCUCCUCGACGCAGAGGGUAUUUGCUCCCUUAGGUUCGAGGUGUUUCUGCGAAAUCUUAUUGUCGAGCUGGUCACCCCACCGGCCCGUGCCGGAGUAGCGAAGGCGCGAACUUUAAAAUCAGAAGUAACUGAAGCAGGCGAAGCGGUGCUGACUGAGCCCCGCCUCGGAUCUUCUGUCGACAGAGACCUGUUAAUCGAGCAAAACGAAAACAGAAGAGCGAGUGGCAACCGACGACAGUCGCGACUUGGGCGACGUUGGAGGCGCAACGACGCAGCGAACGACGCUCUGGAAAAGAAGCCGCCUCACUGCGUGUUCCACGCGAAGACAAUGACGGUCGAGAUGAUAACCGUGGCGCUGCCGCCCUUCAGUCCCUUGGUGUCAGGGGCUCCGCAAGGUUCUCAGGACAUUUCUGGACCGACGGUGCCGCAGCCGUCUUCUGAAGAGAUCUGGCUCUCACUGCGCUCUUCAGCUCUCAAUCUGGAACACCUAGGGGCGACAUUGAUUGCUGUGCGUCUGGACACCGUUCGUCUGUUCAACCCUGCGGCGGCUCUUCCCUUCAACGUCAUUCUCUCCGACACUCGCCACAACUGGAUGGAUCUUGCGCACAAGCCGUUGCCACGCUCGCGGUCGCCUGCCGGCCGUCUCGCUAAGCAAGCCGGUGCGCCCAACGGAAGUGGAGAUCCGAACGGAGACAGCGGGUCUCCCGCGGGCGAGACGACUUCUGCGUGGGUUUUGGACCGGGACUCGAGCGGUGCAGAGGAGGCAUUCAGCAAUUUCAAUGGCGAUUCAGAAAUAUGGUUUUCCACGGGACAAAAACAGGGAAGCGAGGGGACCCGGUGCGACAUACCCUUUGGAGGCGAUCCAGGAGCACCUCUUGACCACGUCGAACUCGUACAGCCUGCGGGAAUCGUUCAGUUCAACGGACUCCCCGAGGCGCUUCUCUUUCCACCUCGUCCGUCUGGAGAUUCUCCCGCCCUCGCUCCCACACGGAGACGAGACGCCGAGGCAGAAAAAAGCGAGAGACAGCUAGCGACGGAGUCUCUGCCGUCGCGUGCGUUCGAGUGCGGAGGCCAUGGCGAGCGUCGUCCUGAGUUGACGGUGACCUACCACAGCGCAAAUGCCACUCUCCGGCCGCUUCGAAACUUUGGCAGCAAGACGAGCUUCUCCGAUGUCUGUAGAAAAGGUCCCAUGUCGUAUACUGAGAAUCAGCAAAGUAUUUCCGUCAGUGUCGCGCAUCCUCGGUGUGUCAUCCAUUUACCUCUGUUCAUGCAAACAUUCGACUUCUUCUUCUUUCCAGCUCCAGCCACGCAGCCGGGCAAGUUGCAGUCCAUGAAACACUCGAGUCGGUGUGCCUCGUCCAGCAGACGAGAAUCUGCGACUGUAGAAGGCCAUCAAGAGCCGGGGGCACCGCCGAUGCCAGUGAAAGUCGUGAAGAGAGCUGAGGUGAAUUUGGAGCUCACAAAUGCCUCUGUAAUUUUGCCGGGGAACUGCCAGGAUUCCCGCAGUGCUCUCGUCGCUAUGCAGGGAUCUGUGACCUUGCGUAAGAAGGGAGGAGCUGCUCCGCCGCCAUCUCUUUCAGGCCCCGCUGCUCUGGGCGGGGACCCCGAAGAAAGGAAUCCGAGUUCUGAAUUUGCCCCUGAGAGUCGCAGUCAUGGAUCAAGAGUUCUCACACACCGGGUCGGAAGCAGGGCAGAAGGUGGGGACCGUCAGGGCGACAAUGCUUUUUCCUCAAAGUUGUCGUCGCGCCGCCGCACAGGCCUUCUUACGCGCUCGUCCUCCGUGCUCCAUAUUCUGGAGAGGGCGGAAGCAGCCGCGACGGAAGCUGCAGAGCAGGUCGGCCUCGAGAGGCCUCUGGAAUUCUCAAAAGCCGCUGGGACCUCAGAAAGAAGGCAGGACACCGUUUAUGCACCGACCGACGAACAGGCGGAAGGCUUCACUCUGGUGAGGAUCCGGGACGCCACUAUUUUUUGCUGUCGCCGAGCAGACACACUGGUGGUUCUGGAGGAUCAGGAAGCCCGUGGUGGGCCAGAGACGGGGCGAGAUCGAAUGCAGAACCCUCUCAUGGAGAGAGAAGAACGAAGUCGAAAGGGUGAGGAGACAACGCCAUGUGGCGGGCAUGUUCCUGCCCGCGCUUCUGCCAGAGCCUCUCGUUCACAAGAGUUUGACGCCACCCACUUAUCUUCUAGCAAACACAGCGAGAGCGAGGCACGGGCCACAGCGGGUUUCUUGCCUGGUCCUAGACCGUACCAGAUGCCCACCUCACUAGGCAAUUCCGAGCCCCUCACCAGCAGUCGCCGAGGCGCCCACGGCGCAGGUCUUCGCAUUCUCGCAGCUGGCAUGCACAUGGACUUCCUCGUGCACAAACGAGAAGGCUGUCGCUCCGCGGAGUGCGUCCGGUCCGCCAGCAGCUCAUGCUGUCUCGUGACUCCGAGCGAAGGAGACGCAUCCGACGAGGUCAGAGAAGGCCCCGGAACAGAGCCAGGAGCACGUAGGACCAAGUCGAUGGGCAACGAGCGUCAUAUUCUCGAUCAGAGGAAGCUGAGUUUUUUCACAAAGAGGCCGCCGUCCUACGUGUGGGGACGCGCUCAGCGGUCUCAGCGUGAAAGCUGCGGAUGCUGUGUCGAAUUCCAGCGCGUCCACAUUCGCGUGUAUCCUUGCUCGGUUGAGAUUUCUUAUCAAGAUCUCCUCCUAGUUGCCAACUGCGUUCACCGGCAACGUACUCAGCUCGAAACGCAGCAGCAGUCACACGGGCCAGAAGCAGCGCCACGUGGGCGUUCGUUGAAUUCCCCAACUGGCGCUUCCUCUGACGAGCCGGAAGGCUUUCCAGUGACUCCGCCCGCGAGUCGCGCGUCGGCAGCUCCAGGCGUGCAGAGAACAGAAGAAGGGAUGAAGAAGACGGAAGAGGUCGAGAAACGGGGGAAACACGAAGCAGAAGGCCAGCGUGAAAUUGAGGUGCAUAUCGCCGCCCUCCGUCUCACGCUUCUGAAUGAUUGCUUUGGCUCUCUGCAUGCACCCGUGUUACAACUCUUCGUCCCCUCUGCAUCGCUUCGCCACCGUGAUUACUCAGUGCGCUCCUGGGCUCUGCUGUGGACAGCGGCGGCUGCGGCGGAGGCUGCUGAUCUGUGCACUCGAGGCGGGGAGUCCAGCGACCGCCUCGGUCGUGCGAGUUUCUUCUUUUCACGUUUCCGGCAAGAGCCUCCCGAGGACUCCGUGACGCAGUUGGGUCCAGGCCUGGGCCGGGCCGAAGGUGACAAGGAAGCGACAUGUCACCGGGGCCCCACCACACAGGAAUUUUUCGAUCUGUCGCUCUUCGAUUCCUCCAGAGCUAUGUGGAACGCUGGUUCUGGGUUCCAACAGCCGUCGCUCUGGGCAUCUGGAGCAACAGCCGAGGUCGAUGGGUGUGAGACGAACGCUCCUGAGACUUUGGAGUGUCGUGGUGUUCGACCCAGAAUGCACGACCAAGAUGCCCUCUCUUGUGGGCAGAAGCUAGUCACUUGCGGGGUGAGUUGCGUUGACUUCUCCUUGCUUCUCUGGUGUUUCAAUCCUGUCGCGGUCGCCUUCGAGCCAGUCAUUGAAAACUUUGCUCUCACCGCGGUCAGCCGCGAUCUCCCCUAUGAAGUGUUCGCAUGCCUCUAUCCCGGCAAAGCCCCGCUGAGACGCCUUGUUUUGGAGGAAGAAGCCAAGCGAAGUGUGUUACAAGAAACCUUUCAUCGAGAUGGGGAGAGAGAGGAAACUGCCAGACGUCGGUGGAACGGAGGUGGGGAAGCGGUGACCACUGAGGCCGUGGGAGGGCGACGACGAAGCAGAGCGUUCGGCCGCCGUUCCCCGCCUCUUAAAACGAAAGUGAGUAGACGGGGGUCUGAAAGUGAUGGACCGCGUUUCGAUAAUACGGCCUCCGGUGGCAGGGUGUUUUCAGGCGCAAGACGGGAGAGACACAAACUCUUGCGUGCUUCUUCCGAGGCACUGCAAAGGGACUUGCAAAGCGAAAGAGCAGCGAAGACUCCCGCGCCCAUGUUGACCCGGCGACCCACUUUCAGCUACGACUGGUCCGGUGACGAGGCACCUGAUGUCCGCGAGACCAAGUGGGGAGAAGAGAACUGGGAGGCCUCAGAGACGAGUCACGAGGUCUUGACGGAUUCACUGAGUGGCGAUAGCGAUGUUUCGUCUCUGGGGCGAACGGACAGCGACUCUGUGCUCUCUUUAUUCUCGCCGCGUCUUUCUGGGCUCUCACUGCCACCUCAUGCAGCAGAUCCAUGCAGUGUCUCCGCAUCGGUUGCACGCGAGGACAUCGGUUCGAUUUCCUCGCCCCCAAACGUCGAGGGGAACUCUUCUGAGAUGUCAGACGUGUCGUCUUUGUCUUCCUUUUCAACGGAAUCUGGUUCAGAAGAGAUUGAGUCCUCUCCGCCCCCAGAACGACGGUACAGAGGUAUCUUUCUGUCGUCGCCCUGCACGUCGCCGAUAGAAAUCAAUGUGUCCCACGUUCUUCUGCGCACUCUUCUCUCCGCUCUCACACAGUGGCGCAGCGACUUUCUCCGUCACGCGCUCCCUUUCCAGCGAUCCUCUGGCUCCGCUACAGCUGCCAAGAUAAAGGACCCAACUGGGACUCGAGGGGCCAAGAAACAUGUGUGCAACGCCUGUGAGGCUCCUGGCCAGUCCACUGACGAGCGGCCUUCCAACACUCCAGACAUCAUGCAGACGACAGAGCGAAGCACAGCUUUCCAACAGGGUUUCUCCGGCGUCACCGCUUGUUGCGCGUCUCCGUCGACCGAUCUGUGCGCAGAGGCACGGGACGAAGUGAAGGAACCAUCAGGCGACGAGGAGGAAAAUCGAGACGAACACUCAGGAGGCGGAGCCAACAGUGGGGAGAAUUCGGCCUCCUUCGAGUCGACGCAAACUGAGCGCAACUCUGAGGCGAAUCCACAAUUGGCUUUUGUCCCGCUCCCCUGCGUUCUGUCGCCUGCCCUCGAGGGCGAGAGGGCCGAAUCAUUGCCUACAGAUGCCAUGCCCUCGAGUGAGCAACGGAUGUCGGUGAAAUCUGCUUUUCCUUCCUCGUCAACUGGCACAGAGGAAGAUCCGGACCUUCUCCAAAGGAACAGCGAGGCCAAACGGGAGAAGACGAAAGAGUCUGAUAUGUCAACAAGCAGUUCCGGGGAGUUCUCCCGGGGAGGUGACGAGAACGCAGAGGCCAGCGGGGAUCCUGUGCCGGCAGAGGAGAGUGACGGACAGGCCCAUCAACAAGAGGACGCCCAUCAGCUUGAAGAAUAUCCCCAAAUGUCCACGGGUUCUCUGCCCACCGGCUCACUUCAAUAUCCACCUUCCGGCAACCUCACAUUCUCGUCAGGUCCUCGCUCCUCGUCGGUCUCCGACCCAGUGGGACCCGGGGCUGCGGGGACUGGCAGCGGCGCUUUAGGCAGUGUCGCUCCUUCUCCAGCAGAUCCGCGCCGACAACUGUUCAUUCCCUACGUCGUCAAAAACGAGACGGGGAUGCUUCUUCAUGUCGACGUGCUUCUGCCUGUGGAAGCCGGUCCUGUGGCUUCUCGAGACGCAACAGCCGCAGAUGCCUCUCUCCCGGUCCACAAGUCAUCUCCCUACCGAAGGGGAAAGGACCCCUCAGAUCCGUCUUGCGGUUCGCGGGUCCCACCAUCCGUCACGCAUGCUGACAGGCUUCAGCGUCGGAACUGUUUGCUGCCUCCAGAACGUGCCUCCAAACAAGCGGUCGCCGGUGGAGGGGGCGACGACACUCCGUAUGUCAUCAGCGACCAGGGGAGUGAACAAAACACAGACAAGGAAGGCGAGUGUGUGAGAGAAGAAUCCCUUCGAAGCGGCAGAGAGGCUGGACAGAACCGGCGUGUGGAGCCUCGCGGAAGGAAGUGGGCGAGAGUCACUGUCGAUCCCGCGCAAGAGCGAGCGCUUCAGCAACUCCAUGUCGAAGUGGGAAGAGCCGCGAGCUACCGUGUGAGGCUGGAGCUGACCUCCUGCGGCCGGGGGGACAACGAAAGAGAUCGUGCACUGGGAGUCCCUGGGACCUCAGGGAAACGAAGGGUCACCCCGACAAGCUCCGGAGCCACCCUGGACGCUGCAGUUUGGGAGGCGAGGCGUCCAGUGCCCAUCGAUCGUGUUGGUGUGUAUGCACAGCCUUUGGCUUUCAGACACCCCGUCGUUAUGGCGCCUUCCUCAGGCGCAGAUUUGCACGCCCAUUCGGCGACAGCAGGUCGCAGCUUCUCCCCAUCGACUUCGGAUGUGAGCCGAUCUACACUCGACAGUCCACCGGGCGUGUACCGUGGAACUCCCCCGAAUGAUGGAGACCGGUUUCCGCCUUCGCCGUACACCGGAGAUGGUCCUUGUAUUGUGCAGGACGCGCCGCCAAAGCGCUCGGAAACCCCAGUACAGCCAGCGUAUGCGGCGCCCUCUUCGUUUCCUCUGGCCUCGCCUCUAGGUCUGUCACGGGACAACUCCUUCCUCGUUUGUCGAGUCGUCGCGGAGGCAGGCAGAAAGCGGUUGAUCGUUCAGUCCCAGGUGCUUCUUUACAACAAAUGCUUCGUGCCUGUCGAAGUACUCGUCUUGCCUUCUGAAGAGGUCGUUGCUGCUGGCGGAGACGCCCUCUGUUCAGGACCUGGAGGAAAGGACAGCGGCUUGAACUCAAUGUUGGGUACGCAUGGUUCCCGUGAGAGCAAAAACGAGGCUGCUGAGCGGGAGCUUCCCUCCAGGGCCAGCGACAGGUCUGCGCGAAGUACCGACGAAGACACCUAUGAUACAGAGAGGCAGCCGGGGUCGCGACUCAUCGUCAUCCCUCCAGGAGGAUCAGCUGCUAUCCCCGUGAAUGUCUGCCAGACAGGGCGGCUGUGUGUGCGUCCGCUCUCGCCCUCUCACGUUUUCACGUGGUCGCGGUGUCUGCUGCUCUACCGGCUGUGGCAGCUUCUGGGUAGCCCCUCUCGGUCAAGGGAUCAGCUCCCGGUCUUGCAGUCGACCGCCUCUUCUUCACCUGUCGGUGACUCAGGCCUCACGGCUUCAUCGAGGCCUUCUGUGGACGCGCCAGCUCGCCGGCGUCGCGCCCCCGUCCUCGAUCUCCUUCGGUGCUCCUGCUGCUGUGAAAAGGACAACAACGGAUGCCCGACUCCAGGAGGGCCGUCGGCAGAUGGACGGCCAGUGAGAGGAGAUGGUGGGCGUCUGGGACCCGAGUGCGGGGGCUUCAACGUGUGUGUCGUAUGCCAGUGCGAGGACGUGGUCUACGAGGAUAUUGGGUGCAUGCAGCUGAAGCUCGCCUUUCAUCCACCAGUCUCCAUUGCGUCGACGCUGCCGUUUCGAGUCAACUGUCGCCUGGAGUCGCUCCACCCCAUAGGUGCCGGGAAGAUCGAGGACUCUCAGAAGGGAGACGUGUCAUCAGGGAUAUGUUGCGUAGCGUUCGAGUCCCGCCUGCGUCUGAGUCAACAAGUUCACCUCCAUAAACUUCCUCUCGCGGGCGUCAUCCGCCUCGAGGUAACUGUCGAGGAGGGCAAGGCGGGACGGCAGCAUGCUUCGUUUCGCUCUGCACCUUUGCAGAUUCACCCGAUUCCGACAUCGCUCCUGUUGUCUGCGCAGGCUGCCGCGGCCAUUGGGGCGGACCGGGACGCGGGAAGCGACACAGAUGACGACGAUUUUGCGAGUGGAUCGAAGGGUCCAAUGGAAAAUGGCGCAGAAGCCGUCGCGGAGCUGAUUUGCCGAGACCCUGGCGGAAGUCGACACCCGCUGCGUCUCCUCCUGUUCUUUCAGCAUUCUACCACUCCUGGAGCGCCUCCUUCUCUUCUUCUUCACACGCCAAUGUGGCUUGUCUCGUUCCUGAAGGGUGCCGCAGCCUUCAUGCGCGCCCACAGUGUCGCUCUAGCUGAAGCGCAUGCAGCGAGGCAUGCCUCGCACACCGUGGAGGACAUCGCGUCUGACCAGCGGAGCAGCUCUCAAAUUCGCAAGUCUGUAAAUGCGGGAGACAAACAGCAGAGCUCGUCGGUGUGGUCCGCUUCGGGAUUGUCCGAACGACCGCUAACGCGAGAGAUAACAAACGAUCUACAGUGCAACAGUUACCGGGACGCAGAAUACUACUAUGUCACUGAUGGGUCUCUAGUUGAAGAUGAAAGCACUUGGGCCGCUGCUGCAGCAGCUGUCUCCAGCGCAGCUGUCAAUGCUGCCGCGGUGGCGGCGGCCGCUGUCGCAGCUGGCAAUCUAGCAGAUCGUGAGGCGUCGUCCAAGACUUUGGAGGGAGACCGAAAAGCAAGUGCCGGGUGGGAGUCGGAGAAAAGGCGCGGGACAGACAGAGCCACGAAACUGGAACAACUGCUUCGGAGAGUCGCCGGUGAAGGCUCCGAACUCUGUGUGGACGAAGAAGGAGACAGGAUUGCCGGUGUGUAUGCCUUAGACUAUAAAGCGGAUUCCUUUUUCAUUCACGUACCCAGUGUGGGGACUUCUCCCUUCUUGAGUGUUCGCCAACCUAUCCCCCCCGACUGCUGUCUCCCAGUCCUUCCUCCUACGUCCGCGGCGUCUCCGCUGCCGCCCCCACGUCGACCUGCCCUCGACGUGGCUGUCCGUGUGUGUAACGCGCCUCUUCCGCUUCUUCGGCCGGUGCAGCUUCUCCUGGUGAUGCCGUUCUACCUUGUCAUCAAUGCGACGUUUUACCCCAUCUCCAUUCGCCAGUCGCGUUGCCUAGUUUGCCGCACAAAAGGGAGCAGUCGCCGUUGUCGAUGUCUCACUCGCGUCUCGAUCCCGUUGCUUGCAGAGCACGGAUGGGCCAGUGUCCGCGACCCCGAACAUUCUCGGCCGGACGAGGAAGUGCGUGAGGCAGCCCGGGAAGCGAACGGGGGAUCUGACGAAUCGUGUGACGGGAAAACGACCCAGGCGUCAAGAAGGCCAGACGCUCGUGGGAGUGCUUGGGUGUUACGAGACUUAGUGGACAUAGAGGAGACAGCCCACAUGAUGGCGGAUGGCGCAAUUCAAAUCGAGCCGAAGGAUCAAAAACCGUUCUUCUGGGCCAGUGCUCGAGGAGCAAAGUUUAUUCAAGUCUCCCGGGCCCUUGAGCGCGAUGGGUCGCUCUUGUGCGAUCGCGUCACGUCUUGUGACCGCGGUUCCAGAACCGGUACUUUGCCUUUACCUACGAUGUCUUCUGCGCAUCGUGGCUCUUCUCCGUCGCCUCGGUCAGAAGCAACAACCAGCAGAAAGGACGCUGUAGAAGGGGAAAGACGGAUGUCUACCUCAGUCGCUGGCGAGCCCUGCGGGGUAUCGCAUUCCACCGGCGAUCAGUGGUGGGCUCGAUGGUCUGGUUGCUGUCCCCUGGGCACGAAAUCUCAAGACUGGACUGUUCGAGUUCCUCCGGUUCCCCAGCGCCACCUGCUUGCAGAAACUUCCCUUUCCUGCGGCUGUUCAUAUCAGGGAGAUAGUCACGGGAUCAAGGUCGCGUCACCAUCUUCGUUGCCCCUGUCAAGUUCCGGAUUGAACGGCGCAUCGAAGCCUCAUCCAGAGUCGGCGUUGACCCCUGUUGCCUCCCCUACCGGUCAUGCUGAAGAGGGCCAAUGUCAAACAGAAGAGGCGUUCGCCGUUGCGUUCUUUCAGCGAGUUGCGGAUGUACGGAGGCUUAUGCGUGCUGACAUCCUUUUGCGCCCUGUUCCCCGAAUCACAAGACUUUGUCACCACCACCGAGUGACGGGUAAAGCCGGGGAAUGUCGAACCCGUUCUGUAGCGAUUCGAACUGUGCGGGAUGCUUGUGAACACGCAAAAGAAUCGCUUGUCAGCAAGCCAAAGACGAAACUAGACAGGGGUGUUAAGACGGCUGCUGCAAGUGGCCCUGUGGGGUCUUUAUUCGACUCACCUGCAGCAUCGCGGAACGAUUCAAAUGUCGGUAUUUCUUGCGAGAGAGGAACGAAAAGCGCCAACAAGAAGCUGGUGAGCGUUCGCAGCAGCAUGCUUCGUCUGGAGGUGCGCGACGGGCCAGCUGGGGGCAAGACGGUUGUGAUCCGCGACGAAGGCUGGGGUCAGGCUGGCAAUAUAACUGUCCGUAAUCAUUCCCGCUGGCCGUUGUUGUUGCGUCAGUGCAUGCAUGCAAAUCCAGUCGUGGCGGCCGCUGCGGCGGCAAACGCCGCUCGAGACGCUGCGGAUGCUGCCUACGCCGAGGAUGUGUCUGGCAGUGUUAACGACCCUGACGACGGAGUGGACGACGAGGGGGUCGAGUUGAAAUUUAGUUCCUUCCCGGCUCGAGGAGUCAAGAGCAACGAACGACAAAGGGACGCUCAGUCCGGCGACGCGACGAGAGGCGCUGCGCCCAGCUCUGCAGCAACGGCGGACAGUGGACUGGACCGUACAGAGUUGUGGCCACGUAUCGGCCAUGGUAGUCAAAAGGCUUAUGUGUCGAAGAAUGUCGGGCAAGAACGCAUCACCGGGCUAAUCGAAUUUCUUCUCUCGUACGGAAUAGGACAGCGAUAUGGAGGUGAGAAGGUCCCCCCAGAAGGACAAAUCACUGGAGAAGCUUGGAAACGAAAUACAGCAUAUCCCGCUGCUGCUUCUGGGGAAGCGCAAGGGAGCGAGCUCCGAGGACAAGCCUCGCAAGGCUCAGACAUGGUUCCUGAGGAAGUACAGCACCAAGAACUGUAUUGGAGAGGUCAGAGAUGGUGUGCGUGUGCAGCAGCCUCUGCUUCUCCAUACUUUUUCGGUCCGCUUCCUGUCCUAGUCAACCCGGACGAGGAAGCUCUAAUGGCGUGGGAUGACUGUCGCCGAAACCGCGCUGUAGAAAUAGCGGGACUCCCCGCUGCCCUCCUCGCUCACUCGCCAUAUGUGGUCGAAGGAGGCGUUUCAGAGUCCGCUAUAAUGGUUCGCGGAAUGCCCGGAGUGGACGGGGACACAGGAGCGAGCAGUCAGUCGCCUCAUGCGUCUCUUUUUCCAGGCGCGUUCUCCCGCACCGCAUGCAUCCCGCCAUUCCUUCUUUGCGUCCCAGUGUGCAGCUCAAGUCCGCACCGCCAGCUCCUGCGAGUUCCGUCCCUCCCGCCCUCGGAUUGGAUUGUCUUCGACGUGCUCAAGGAAAGCCUGGCAGCGGUCAUCGUCCUGUCUCAGUACCUGCCCUUGCCUUCUCCACCGUCGUCAACCGCUACGUUGUCGUCUCAUUCGGAUCCUCGCGGCGCCUCAGUGGACCCUAGCAGGGUCGCCCCGUCUGCUACUGUGGGCGCGUCUGCCGCAGUUGUAUCCGCAGGCGGGAGCUGUCGCCCCAGUGGUGCGUCUCCUAAAAAAACGCCGCCGCAUCCCCCAUGUCAACAGGCAGCGACUGAUGUGUCUCUUGUAACACAAGAAACAAGUCCACAGCAGGCAGCGCUUGCGGUGGCUGCUGCAGCUGCUUCAGGCCUUUCCCAAGUUGCGGCAGAUGCGUUUGGGCAAAACUGGUUCUCCUGGGCAACUUCGAGUGUCUCUCCUCCUGCGCCGACACCAGAUACUUCCCGUCGCGCAUCCAAUGUUCAAACGGCGACUCCUACCCCUCAUGGUGAUGAAACUGAACACGGAGGUGGAGAUGCAGGGGAAUACGACGUCACUGCUGGUCGUCUUUCUUACGUUUCCCCUUAUGCUUGGACAGAAGAACGACCCCGCAGUACUGAGGAGCACGGCCGAGGAGCCGAAAUAGUGCCUCUUCUGUCAUCAAGGGCAGGCGCGGCAGGUGCCGGUCUAGCUUCCUCGAAGCGGUUCGAUGCUCUUCGAUCCAGUCAUUGCCCGGCUGAUGGGUGCACGGCGCCUGUCUUCGAUUUGGCAACCAAAGCUGCUCUGGGGGAUGGCGGCUCCCGCACGGACGGCGUCGACGAGGGAGGCCGAGGAAUUGUGCGUGUAGACAGCGAUUCUCCGGAUGCGCUGAUUCAUCGUUUCUUGUACGUCCCCUCGUAUCUUUCGACACGCCUAGCACGAACGGAACUUCAGACGCCUGUCGCAAAACUGGGUUCGACGCCAUGUCAUUCACUUUUGUCCAGAGAAGUGCGUCUCCUGAGGCUGCAGCAGCGUGCAAGAGAAGCGUAUACUCGAGGGCUUUUUGGCGUGUUGCAGAAUCCCAACGUCGACGGAGGCUUCUGGGGCCGCAGCAAUACGCGCUUUAGUGACGAGUCUUCAGAUGAGGAGCAAGCCAGCGCUUCAGCGUGGCGCGGGUUGCGCGCCGCUCGAACUGAGAGACAGACCGGCGAUUUGGGGCAGAGCAUUGACACAGAUGUUUCUGCCUCUUCCUUCCAAACCGGCCUAAGAUCUUCCGCCGGAUAUAUCGGGUUCACCGCAACCGAGAAAGACGGUUGGACGUCAUCCACUGGAGUCGGAGGUCUGACUGGACAAGCGUUUGAGCGCCGCGGCCCGGAACGCGAAAUGGAGCGGCAACAAAGUGGAAACGUAUUUGAUCCCGAAGGCGCAAGCGACAGAAUCGUGGGGUGGUGUGGUGUAGAUCGCGGAGGGUACGUGAACAUUCCCGUCUUCAUGUCUCCGUUUUUCCACGCGUUUCAAGCGAGUGCGUCGCAGGCUCUUUCAGCCGGCCAGUCGCGCGCUGGCACGUCGGCAGGCCGAAGGGGAGUCAUACCGAGCCUGUGGAGUGCGGAAGAUACCACGGAGAAUCAGAGCGAGCCGACAGGGAAUCUCGAAACCGAAAAGACACCUCGAAUGAAAAGUCGUGACGAUCGACAGAAGCCGGCAACCCAACAACUCCCUUACAUGUUCUAUCUCUGCGGCGAGGAUGAAGAGCGCCAGAUGAUUCUUCAACAGCAUGGGCAGACGCCGUCAUCCGAGGCCGAUUCUCAACGCAGACUACAAAGCGCUGGUUUUGUCUGUGGUCAGCAGCUCUCGGCUGGGGGUCGCCAACGUGUUCAGUCACUGCGAGAAGCGCAGCAGGAACAAGGGGGAGCCCCGAAUCGUUCUUCAGCUGCAAGUCAGUCCCGUCACCAGGAUGCGGAGACGAAGGGCGGCGGACCGCCGGCUGGGCACGAGCUGGGAGUUUCCCGAGCUCCGAGCCGUCGAAGCUCAUGUGUGUCCAGUAGCUCCUCUUCUUCAGAUACGUUCGUGCGUCUGCAGGCACAGCAAGUCGCAGAGGAAACAGCGCUUCUCUUGCAGCUGCCUCCACCUCCGUUGCCGCUGCCUCCUACACCGGAUCCGCCUCUUGUUGAACUUCGCGUGUGCGUUCCGCAGUUGGUAAUAUCUGUCGUCGCCAACACGAUGCAGAAGAAUCCACUCACGCGUCAGAUCGUGAGAGCUCCUGACGAGCUGAUGCUCUUCUCCGUCGACUACUUUUCUUUCCUCUUCGCUGCAAGCGACAAUCACCAGGUUGUUGCGGCGGCUGUGCAGGAUCUUCAGGUAGACAACAUGCGCACCCAUGCGUUGUAUCCGGUUCUCCUCCAGAGGGCGUUGAGACCGGUUGAUCCCCCUCUGGCGGAGGCCGCGGCCCCUCUCAGCGUCGCCUCAGGCCGAACAGAUCUGUGGCGCGGGGUCAGUCCAGUGGCAGGGAGUGCAAUCUACUCAGUUUCCAAGCCCAUUUGCGAGCUUCUUCUCAAACGACGCCUGCCGCUUAGCCAUAGGGCCCGGAGUGGAGGUGAAGACGUUUUCUACGUAGACAACUUCACUCUGUCCAUUGUACCGCUCUCCGUUCGUCUCGACCUUGAUUUCGUCGAAGCUUGCCAGAAGGCCUUGCGUUCCCUGCAGCGCGCUGCCACAUUGCCUUUCACCGCGUCUACUUCGGAUAGUCUCCAGAGCGCUGGGGGUCCUGAAUCUAGAACUGAUGCGCCGACCGGUGCCUCUCUGGGCGGUGCUGGAGUCGUGAAAGAAAACGCAGAUUUCCAUGCCGAUGGAGACAGCCUGUUUUCAGGAAGUCAACCGAGUCAGCAACUCGCAGAUCGCGGGUCUUCAGGGGACGGAAACAGGGGCAUGAGUUCAGACGGUACAGUGGUUGGGGACUCGGGCUCUCCACAGCGUCGGUACAGCGGCACUCCGACACGUGGAACCCAUUUCUCCGGGACGGACCUUCGGGAGGAAGCAAGCAAAGCUGGUGGUGGUGAUACUGGCAGCAGUAAAGGAACCAGUGUAGCGAGUAGUUUCGUAGGUCCGAUCGCUGCUCGUUUUUCCCCAGAGGCUGCCUGCGGGUGGCGACCGUACGUAGGUUGUGCAUCGACGCGGGGCGAUACCUUUCUCGGCCACAGCUUCUCGCGUCGUAUUUCUGGAGACGUUGUCGGAAGGGCUUUGGUAGGAGCGGCAGGCCGAGAAGAGAGGGAGUCAGCGGACGAAAGAACCGCCUCUUCUCUUCAUGUUCUGUCUGAGUCUCCAGUCACAGGUCUAGUUCUUCUGCCCCGCCUUCCGCCGGUGUCUUCAGCUCUGCAGCAAAGUCCAGUACGGCGUUUCUGUAUCAACCGUUUAGUUAUCGAGCAGAUUCUCGCUUCAUUUUCCUUCCGCACGGACGUCAAUCCUCUCUCAUCUUUAUCUCAUCGUCACUGGUUCAUCCGAGCUCUUCUCUCUCUUUCGUCGAUAGAAGAAGCCUCUCUUGGUUUCAACGCUGUCGUCUUGCCGACCCGAACGCCGACGUCCGCCUCACCAGACCGCGAUGUGGCUCUUCUGGAACCGACUGAACAAGGUCAAGUCUGCAUCCCGUUAGGGGAGUUGAUCAAGCGGCUCUCCCAGGCCUAUCGUCAGCAGUUGCUCUGGCAGCUGUCUCACUUUGUCGCGUCCAUUGACAUACUGGGGAACCCGGCUCGGUCACUCGCUCACAUGCGCGAAGGCGUUCGCGAUCUGGCGCUGCAUCCAAUUCACGCCGCUGAAAGAGGCGACGAUGUCCUGGAAGGGGUAUACAAGGGAGCGACGAGUUUUAUCAGGCACACAGGUUACGGCUUCUUUGGUGGCUUGUCGCGCAUGGCUGGUGUGGCAUCCGACUCUCUUGGUGCUCUCACUCUGGACGACGCCUACGUCAACCGUCGCCAGCAGCAACAGCGACGCCAGCGUCCUCGAGACGUCCAGGAGGGGAUAACCUUUGGUGCAGAAGCUUUCGGCAAGGCGGUUCUGGGAGGGAUUACAGGGCUCAUUGAGGAGCCUAUGAAAGGCGCCACUGAAGAGGGAGUAGAAGGUCUACUCAAAGGCGCAGGCAAAGGUCUUCUUGGAUUGGUCGUCAAACCAUUGACAGGUGUUCUAGAUUUCGCGCAGAAGACAGCAGAAGGCAUAAAGGAGCUCUCCCAAGUUGAUCCUGCUAGGCGAACAAGGCGGCGCCUUCCUCGUCUACUUCUAGGGCAGGAAAGACUCCUAGUCCCAUACGAUGAGGAGGCAGCAAGGGUGAAGGAAUGUCUAAAUGAUGUUGACGGUGUCUGCUGGUCGACGAUCCCGUUCCUGUCUUUUCUGUAUGACAUUCCUUUCCACAACUUGGUGGUCACCACGGACACCCAUUUGUUGCAGUUCCGGUUGCCUCCUGCGACCUCCAGCAGUGACCAGACGCAACUAAUAAUGAUUCUUCCACUGUACCUCCUCGUUUCCGUCCAUCGGUUUAGUACCAAGCCACGGAGUCCUGACCAGAAACGCCGAGUCGGAAUUCUUCUUGCCAUUCGAAGCCGGAAAGCACGAAACCAGUCCCUACAGUCCGACAGGUUCCAGCAGCUUGAUAAACCAGCCGCCGACGGGGAUCCUGUGCACAAGUAUAUCUGGUGCUCAUCGGCUGAAACGCAACGGCAAAUGGACACGAUCGUGCGUGAAGCCCUGGGGCGGUAAUGAGGACGUGGAAGACACUGAAAAGUAGCGAGUCCCGCUGUCGCAUUGUGUAGCGGUGGAGCAACUGGAUGGCGAUGGGCUGUGUGUUUAUCGCAUACGCCUUCCUUGAAGCGUUUAUGAUCUUGUGCACUUAUUGUUUU